AUGGGCAACGAGGCCAGCCUGGAGGGCGGCGCUGGCGACGGGCCACUGCCGCCCGGAGGCCCGGGCCCUGGCCCCGGCCCCGGCCCCGGCCCGGGCGCGGGGAAGCCGCCUUCAGCACCUGCUGGCGGCGGACAGCUCCCCGCUGCUGGCGCGGCGAGGGCGACCGCAGGACCACCGGGCCCAAGUCCUGGCCCCGGCCCCGGCCCGGGCCCUGGCCCAGGUCCCGGAAGGAGACUGGACCCCAAGGAGCCCCCGGGUAGCCAGAGAGCAGCUUCCCCAACCCCGAAGCAGGCUUCUGCUACUGCUCCCGGCCGCGAGAGCCCCCGGGAGACGAGGGCACAGGGCCCAGCAGGCCAGGAGGCUGAUGGCCCGCGCAGGACACUGCAGGUAGACAGCAGGACGCAGAGAUCAGGGCGGUCACCCUCUGUGUCACCGGACAGAGGCAGCACCCCCACAUCACCCUACUCCGUCCCCCAGAUCGCCCCCCUUCCCAGCAGCACUCUGUGUCCCAUAUGUAAGACCUCGGACCUCACGUCGACCCCCAGCCAGCCAAACUUCAACACCUGCACCCAGUGUCACAACAAGGUCUGCAACCAGUGUGGGUUCAACCCCAACCCUCACCUCACCCAGGUGAAGGAGUGGCUCUGUCUGAACUGCCAGAUGCAGAGGGCUCUGGGGAUGGACAUGACCACUGCGCCUCGCUCCAAGAGCCAGCAGCAACUGCACUCCCCAGCCCUGUCUCCUGCCCAGUCCCCAGCCAAACAGCCCCUGGGGAAGCCGGAGCAAGAGAGAUCGCAGGGCCCAGGGGCACCACAGCCAGGCCUCCGCCAGGCUGAGACAUCCAGGGCCACCUCAGUGCCGGGGUCUGCCCAAGCAGCUGCCCCUCCAGAGGUGGGGAGGGCGUCUCCUCAGCCUCCUCUCCCCAUCAAGCCUUCCACAGCGGAUCCCAGGCCACCUGCAGGAGAGGCCCUGGCCAAAAGUGCCACCACAGUGCCCUCUGGGCCUGGUGCUGCUGAGCAGACCCAGGAGGGCCUCACUGGGAAGCUCUUUGGCCUUGGAGCAUCACUGCUGACCCAGGCGAGUACCCUCAUGUCUGUGCAGCCCGAGGCUGAGCCCCAGGGCCAAGUGGCUCCCAGCAAAGGGCCACCUAAGAUUGUCUUCAGUGAUGCCAGCAAGGAGGCUGGCCCAAGACCCCCAGGCUCAGGACCUGGGCCUGGGCCAGCACCUGGAGCCAAAACUGAGCCUGGAGCCAGACCAGGUCCUGGAUCGGGGCCUGGAGCCCUGGCAAGAACUGGGGGAACAACCAGUCCAAAACAUGGCAGAGUGGAACACCAGGCAGCGACCAAGGCUACUGCCAAGCCAAAGACCACGCCGAAGGAAAGGGCCACUUGCCCACUGUGCCAAGCUGAGCUCAACGUGGGCAGCAAGGGCCCAGCCAACUAUAACACCUGCACCACCUGCAAGCUCCAGGUGUGCAACCUGUGUGGCUUCAACCCAACGCCCCACCUGGUAGAGAAAACCGAGUGGCUCUGUCUCAACUGCCAAACUAAGCGGCUACUAGAAGGCAGCCUGGGAGAGCCGACCCCCCUGCCGCUGCCCACCUCACAGCAGCCCCCCUCGGGGGCCCCUCUUCGUGCAGCUGGAGCAGCCCCUCUGAAGCAGAAAGGGCCACAGGGGCUGGGCCAGCCAUCGGGCCCCCUGCCUGCCAAGGCCAGUCCCCUGCCCACCAAGGCCAGCCCCCAGGCCAAGCCCCUCAAGGCUUCUGAACCUAGCAGGACCCUGAGCAGUGCCCAGGAAAAGAAGACAGGAAUCCCAGCUAAAGCCGAGCCUGGGCCGAAACCACCUCCGGAGACUACCCUGCCCCCUGGGACUCCUAAAGCAAAGACGGGGACCCGGAGGACUGAACCUGCCACGCCUGUCGUCAAGGCUGUUCCAGAAGCCCCCAAGGGUGGGGAGGCAGAGGAGCUGGCAGGCAAGCCUUAUUCUCAGGACCUGUCUCGGAGCCCACAGAGCCUCAGUGACACAGGCUAUUCGUCCGACGGCAUCUCCAGCUCCCAGAGCGAGAUCACAGGCGUUGUACAGCAGGAGGUAGAGCAGCUGGACAGCGCAGGGGUAACAGGGCCUCGCCCGCCCAGCCCCUCCGAGCUCCACAAGGUGGGGAGCAGCCUGCGGCCUUCGCUGGAGGCCCAGGGCCCAGCCCCCAGGGGCGAGCAGAGCAAGCCACCCAGGAGCAGUGGUGAGGAGCAGAAACGGAGGCCCCACUCCUUGUCCAUCAUGCCUGAGGCCUAUGACUCCGAUGAGGAACUGGAGGAUAUCUUGGAGGAGGAGGAAGACUCUCUGGAGUGGGGGCGCCAGAGGGAGCAGCAGGACACAGCCGAGUCAUCAGAUGACUUUGGCAGCCAGUUGAGGCACGACUACGUGGAGGACAGCAGUGAGGGUGGCCUGUCCCCUCUCCCACCCCAGCCCCCAGCCCGGGCAGCAGAACUGACCGACGAGGAGUUCAUGCGACGACAGAUACUGGAGAUGAGCGCCGAAGAAGACAACCUGGAAGAGGAUGACGUUGCCCCCUCUGGGCAUGGCCUGGCCAAACAUGGCACCCAGAAGGGUGGCCCCAGGCCCCGGCCUGAGCCCAGCCAAGACCCAGCAGUGCUGCCCAAGAGACGUCUGCCGCAUAACGCCACUACAGGCUACGAGGAGCUGCUCUCUGAGGCAGGCCCAGCCGAGGCCAGCAAUGGCACUGGGGCCCUACAGGGGGGUCUCCGCCGCUUCAAGACCAUUGAGCUUAAUAGCACGGGCAGCUAUGGCCAUGAGCUGGACCUGGGCCAAGGUCCCGACCCCAGCCUGGAGCGGGAGCCGGAGCUGGAAAUGGAGAGCCUGACAGGCUCGCCAGAGGACCGCUCCCGUGGGGAGCACUCCUCCACACUGCCUGCCUCCACACCCAGCUACACUUCGGGCACCUCUCCCACCUCCCUGUCCUCCCUGGAGGAGGACAGCGAUAGCAGCCCCAGCCGCCGGCAGCGACUAGAAGAAGCAAAGCAGCAGCGCAAGGCUCGGCACCGCUCACAUGGGCCCCUGCUGCCCACCAUCGAGGACUCCUCGGAGGAGGAGGAGCUGCGGGAGGAGGAGGAGCUGCUACGGGAGCAGGAGAAGAUGCGGGAGGUGGAACAGCAGCGUAUCCGCAGCACGGCCCGCAAGACACGGCGAGACAAGGAAGAACUGCGGGCCCAGCGGCGGCGCGAGCGCUCCAAGACCCCCCCGAGCAACCUGUCCCCCAUCGAGGAUGCCUCCCCGACUGAGGAGCUGAGGCAGGCAGCUGAGAUGGAGGAGCUCCAUCGCUCCUCCUGCUCCGAGUACUCGCCCUCCCCUUCCCUUGACUCGGAGGCUGAAGCCCUGGAUGGUGGCCCCACCCGGCUCUACAAGUCAGGCAGUGAGUACAACCUGCCCACCUUCAUGUCCCUCUACUCGCCAACUGAGACGCCCUCAGGCAGCUCCACCACUCCCAGCUCCAGCCGGCCCCUGAAGAGCGCAGAGGAGGCCUAUGAGGAGAUGAUGCGCAAGGCCGAGCUGCUCCAGCGGCAACAGGGCCAGGUGGCAGGUGGCCCCUCUCAGCCCACUGGUACCCGGAGCCAGGGUGCCUUUGAGUACCAGGACACCCCCGACCAGGACUAUGGCAGGGCUGCACAGCCUGCCCCUGAGGGCACACCGGCCAGCCUGGGGACAGCCGUGUAUGAGGAGAUCCUUCAGACAUCACAGAGCAUUGCCCGCAUGCGGCAGGCCUCCUCCCGGGACUUGGCCUUUGCGGAGGACAAGAAGAAGGAGAAGCAGUUUCUGAAUGCCGACAGUGCGUACAUGGACCCAAUGAAGCAAAAUGGCGGCCCACUCACCCCUGGUACCAGUCCCACCCAGCUGGCUGCCCCUGUGUCCUUCUCCACCUCCACCUCCUCAGAUAGCAGUGGUGGCCGAGUCAUUCCUGAUGUCCGUGUUACUCAGCAUUUUGCAAAGGAGCCUCAGGACCCCCUCAAGCUUCACAGCUCUCCUGCCUCCCCCAGCUCUGCCUCCAAGGAGGUAGGCAUAUCCUUUUCCCAGGGCCCUGGCACCCCAGCCACCACAGCUGUGGCUCCUUGUCCAGCCAGCCUGUCACGAGGUUAUAUGACUCCAACCUCCCCAGCAGGCUCUGAGCGUAGCCCUUCACCGUCUGCUGUAGGCCACAGCUAUGGACAGAGCCCAGCCACUGCGAACUACGGGUCCCAAACUGAGGAGAUACCCCAGGCCCUCAGCGGCGCCACUGCCAGUGGACGGGCUGCCAGAGACAAGCCCCUGAGUGUGAGUGAUGGCGAGAGCGGCCCCCACAAGGCCUCCCGGGGAUAUUCCUACUUCGCAGGCUCCAGCCCACCUCUCUCUCCAUCUUCUCCUUCAGAGAGUCCCACAUUCUCCCCUGGCAAGCUGGGCCCAAGGGCCACAGCCGAGUUCUCUACACAGACGCCAAGCCCGACCCCUGCCUCGGACAUGCCUCGGAGCCCUGGUGCCCCGACCCCAACACCCAUGGUGGCUCAGGGCACACAAACGCCACACCGGCCCAGCACACCUCGCCUGGUGUGGCAGCAGCCCUCUCAGGAGGCCCCUUUCAUGGUCAUCACUCUGGCAUCAGAUGCCUCCAGCCAGACCAGGAUGGUACAUGCCAGUGCCUCCACCUCCCCAGUGUGUUCGCCCACUGACACCCAGCCCACCACCCACAGCUAUAGCCAGACAACACCUCCGAGUAUGUCCCAGCUGCCCCCAGAGCCACCUGGGCCACCUGGCUUCCCGCGGGCACCCAGUGCUGGCGCGGAUGGGCCCUUGGCAGUCUAUGGCUGGGGCGCCCUCCCUGCUGAGAACAUCUCCCUGUGCCGGAUCUCCUCUGUCCCUGGAACGUCUAGGGUGGAGCCAGGCCCUAGGCCUCCAGGCAGUGCCGUGGUAGACCUUCGCACAGCUGUCAAGCCUACUCCUAUCAUCCUUACUGACCAGGGCAUGGACCUGACCUCUCUUGCCGUGGAAGCGAGAAAGUACGGCCUUGCCCUGGAUCCAAUCCCAGGACGGCAGUCGACUGCUGUACAGCCUUUGGUCAUCAACCUCAAUGCCCAGGAGCAGACCCAUGCCUUCCUCAGCACCGCCACCACCGUGAGCAUCACCAUGGCCUCAUCUGUGCUCAUGGCUCAGCAAAAGCAGCCUGUGGUCUAUGGAGACCCCUUCCAGAGCCGGCUUGACUUUGGUCAGGGUGCGGGUAGCCCUGUGUGCCUGGCCCAGGUCAAGCAGGUAGAGCAGGCCGUCCAGACAGCCCCAUACCGAGGCGGGCCCCGUGGAAGACCUAGGGAGACCAAGUUUGCCAGGUAUAACCUGCCCAACCAGGUAGCACCUCUGGCCAGAAGGGACGUUUUAAUCACUCAGAUGGGCAGUGCCCAGAGUGUUGGCCUCAAAUCGGGCCCAGUGGCAGAGCCUGGUGCCGAACCCCACCGGGCUGCCCCUGCAGAGCUGCGGUCACACGCUGCUCCAGGUGCCAGGAAGCCACACACAGUGGUGGUGCAGAUGGGAGAGGGCACAGCAGGCACUGUGACCACACUGCUCCCAGAGGAACCUGCAGGUGCCCUGGACCUCACUGGGAUGAGGCCUGAGAGCCAGAUGGCUUGCUGUGACAUGGUCUACAAGUUCCCCUUUGGCAGUAGCUGCACAGGCACCUUCCACCCCACCCCCAGCGCUCCUGAGAAGAGUGUGUCAGACGUUGCCCUACCUGGCCAGAGCAGCGGCCCCUUCUACAGUCCCCGGGACCCUGAGCCUCCUGAACCCCCUACCUACCGGGCACAGGGGGUAGUGGGGCCUGGGCCCCACGAGGAGCAGAGGCCCUACCCACAGGGCCUCCAUGGCAGGCUAUACUCCUCCAUGUCUGACACCAAUUUGGCAGAGGCUAGCCUCAACUACCAUGCCCACAGGAUUGGGCAGCUCUUCCAGGGCCCUGGACGAGACUCAGCUGUGGAUCUCAGCUCGCUGAAGCAUUCCUACAGCCUGGGCUUUGUGGAUGGACGCUACCUUGGGCAGGGCUUGCAGUAUGGCUCGUACACAGACCUGCGUCAUCCCACAGACGUUUUGACUCACCCACUUCCCAUGAGGCGCUACAGUUCAGUGUCAAACAUCUACUCAGACCACAGGUAUGGCCCACGGGGAGAUGCAGCUGGCUUCCAGGAGGCCAGUCUGGCCCAGUACAGUGCCACCACUGCCCGUGAGAUCAGCCGUAUGUGUGCUGCCCUCAACUCCAUGGACCAGUAUGGAGGGCGGCAUGGCAGUGGUGGUGGUGGCCCUGACCUCAUGCAGUAUCAGCCCCAGCCCGGGCCUGGGCUCAGCGCUCCCCAGGGUCUGGCUCCCCUCAGACCUGGCCUCCUUGGGAACCCCACCUUCCCAGAGGGCCACCCAAGUCCUGGGAACCUGGCCCAGUACAGGCCUACGGUAGGCCAGGGAACAGCAGUCAGACAGCUGUUGCCAUCCACAGCCACCGUGCGUGCAGCCGACGGCAUGAUCUACUCGACUAUCAACACUCCAAUUGCUGCAACACUGCCCAUAACCACCCAGCCCGCCUCAGUACUGCGGCCCAUGGUGCGCCGUGGCAUGUACAGGCCUUACGUGUCGGGUGGGGUCACAGCUGUGCCGCUCACCAGCCUGACACGCAUGCCCGUGAUUGCCCCCCGGAUACCUCUUGGGCCCACAGGGCUGUACCGAUAUCCUGCACCAAGUAGAUUCCCCGCUGCUUCCAGCAUUCCACCUGCUGAGGGUCCUGUGUACCUGGGGAAACCUGCUGCUGCUAAGGCCCCAGGGGCUGGGGGCCCACCAAGGCCAGAGCUGCCAACAGGGGCAGCUCGGGAAGAGCCUCUUUCCACAGCCACCCCUGCUGCCGCCAAAGAGGCUGUAGCAGCCCCACCCCCAGCCCCAGCCCCUCUGGCCAGCCAGAAGCCGCAGGUAGAUGCUGCUCCCGGGGGCGGCAGCGGGGCCCUCAGCCGGCCAGGGCUGGAGAAGGAGGAAGCUGCGCAGGAGGAGCGACAGCGGAAACAGCAGGAGCAGCUGCUGCAGCUGGAGCGGGAGCGGGUGGAGUUGGAGAAGCUGCGACAACUGCGGCUGCAGGAGGAGCUGGAGCGGGAGCGGGUGGAGCUGCAGCGGCACCGUGAGGAAGAGCAGCUCCUGGUGCAGCGGGAGCUGCAGGAGCUGCAGACCAUUAAGCACCAUGUGCUGCAGCAGCAACAGGAGGAACGGCAGGCCCAGUUCGCCCUGCAGAGGGAGCAGCUGGCACAGCAGCGUCUGCAGCUGGAGCAGAUCCAGCAGCUGCAGCAGCAGCUGCAGCAGCAGCUAGAGGAACAGAAGCAGCGGCAGAAGACCCCCUUCCCCGUGGCCUGCGAGGCACCUGGCCGAGGGCCUGCCCCAGCUGCCACGGAGCUGGCUCAGAAUGGCCAGUACUGGCCACCCCUGACCCACACAGCCUUCAUCGCCGUGGCGGGGCCGGAGGGGCCUGGGCAGCCUCGGGAGCCCGGGCUGCAUCGGGGCCUCCCUAGCUCUGCCUCGGACAUGUCACUGCAGACAGAGGAGCCGUGGGAGGCAGGCCGCAGCGGCCUCAAGAAGCGGCACUCUAUGCCUCGCCUGCGGGACGCCUGCGAGCCAGAGUCAGGGCCCGAGCCCUGCGCGGUCAGGAGGAUUGCAGACAGCAGCGUGCAGACAGACGAGGAGGAUGGGGAGGGCCGCUACCUCCUGAGCCGGCGGCGCCGGGUGCGGCGGAGUGCGGACUGCAGCGUGCAGACUGAUGACGAGGACAGUGCCGAGUGGGAGCAGCCGGUGCGCCGCCGCCGGUCCCGGCUUUCCCGCCACUCAGAUUCCGGCUCCGACAGCAAGCAUGAUGCUGCCGCCUCAUCGUCCCCUGCAACCGCUGCUGCGAGGGCCACGAGCAGCGUGGGCAUCCAGACCAUCAGUGACUGCUCUGUGCAGACGGAGCCUGACCAGCUGCCCAGAGUCUCUCCAGCCAUCCACAUCACAGCCGCUACUGACCCCAAGGUGGAGAUCGUCAGGUACAUCUCGGCGCCAGAGAAGACUGGACGCGGGGAGAGCCUGGCCUGCCAGACGGAGCCCGAGGGGCAGGCCCAGGGUGUGGUUGGGCCGCAGCUUGUAGGGCCAACUGCCAUCAGCCCUUACCUGCCUGGCAUCCAGAUCGUCACCCCAGGGCCCCUCGGCAGAUUCGAAAAAAAGAAGCCAGAUCCCCUGGAGAUUGGAUACCAGGCCCAGCUGCCCCCGGAGUCCCUGUCACAGCUCGUGAGCCGCCAGCCUCCCAAGUCCCCCCAGGUCCUCUACUCACCGGUCUCACCCCUGUCCCCACACCGGCUCCUGGACACCUCCUUUGCUUCCAGUGAGAGGCUGAACAAGGCUCACGUGAGUCCCCAGAAGCACUUCACGGCUGACAGCGCUCUCCGCCAACAGACGCUGCCUCGCCCCAUGAAGACCCUGCAGCGGUCCUUGUCUGACCCUAAGCCCCUCAGCCCCACCGCCGAGGAGUCUACCAAAGAGAGGUUCUCCCUCUACCAGCACCAGGGGGGACUGGGUAGCCAGGUGUCGGCGCUGCCACCCAACGGCCUGGUCCGCAAGGUGAAGCGGACACUGCCCAGCCCCCCUCCAGAGGAGGCUCACCUGCCCCUGGCUGGCCAGGCCCCCCCACAGCUGUAUGCGGCCAGCCUGCUGCAGCAUGGGCUGGCGGGGCCCACCGCUGUCCCUGCCACCAAGGCCAGCCUGCUCCGGGAGCUGGACCGGGACCUGCGGCUGGUGGAGCAUGAGUCCACCAAGCUGCGCAAGAAGCAAGCGGAGCUGGACGAGGAGGAGAAGGAGAUCGACGCCAAGCUCAAGUACCUGGAGCUGGGUAUCACACAACGUAAAGAGUCUUUGGCCAAAGACCGGGGUGGCCGUGACUACCCGCCCUUGCGUGGUCUCGGUGAGCAUCGUGACUACUUAUCAGACAGCGAGCUCAACCAGCUGCGGCUCCAGGGCUGUGCCACUCCUGCCGGCCAGUAUGCUGACUUCCCUGUCACUGCCGCUGCUCCUGCCACCCCCUCUGGCCCUACUGCCUUCCAACAGCCCCGAUUCCCACCUCCAGCCCCACAGUACACUGCAGGCAGUGGUGGGCCAACUCAGAACGGAUUCCCAGCCCAUCAACCACCCACCUACCCUGGCCCCGGCACAUACCCAGCACCUGCCUUUCCUCCUGGCACCAGUUACCCAGCUGAGCCUAGCCUGCCAAGCCAGCAGGCUUUCCGUCCCACAGGCCACUAUACAGCCCAAACACCCAUGCCAACCACACAGAGCACUCUUUUCCCAGUCCCAGCUGACAGCCGUGCCCCCCACCAGAAGCCACGCCAGACGUCACUAGCCGACUUGGAACAGAAGGUGCCCACUAACUAUGAGGUGAUUGCCAGCCCAGUUGUGGCCAUGUCUUCAGCCCCACCUGAAACCAGCUAUAGUGGCCCAGCAGUAAGCAGCAGCUAUGAUCAAGGCAAGGCUGCUGAGCUGCCCCGGGCCGGGGACCGUAGUGGUGUGAGCCUGAGCUCAGCCUCCACCUACCCCUCUGACUCCCACUACACCAGCCUGGAGCAGAAUGUCCCUCGGAACUAUGUGAUGAUUGAUGACAUCAGUGAGCUGACCAAGGAUAGUAUCUCCACUACCCCUGAUAGCCAGCGACUAGAGCCCCUGGGGCCAAGCAGCAGCGGGCGUCCAGGGAAAGAGCCGGGAGAACCCAGCAUCCUUGAGGGGACUGCAUUGCCCUGCUGCUACACCAGAGGAGAGGAGGAAUCUGAAGAGGACUCUUAUGAUCCCCGUGGGAAGAGUGGCCAUCACCGGAAUCUGGAGAGCAAUGGCCGACCAGCCAGUGCCCACUACUACAGUGACAGCGACUACAGACAUGGAACUCGAGCAGAGAAGUAUGGUCCAGGUCCCAUGGGGCCUAAGCAUCCCUCCAAGAGCCUGGCACCAGCUGCUAUCUCCUCAAAACGUAGCAAGCACCGGAAGCAGGGCAUGGAGCAAAAGAUCUCCAAAUUCUCACCUAUCGAAGAGGCCAAGGAUGUGGAGUCUGACCUGGCCUCCUACCCCUCCCCUGCAGUCAGCAGCAGCCUAGCCUCUCGGGGCAGGAAGUUCCAGGAUGAAAUCACCUAUGGGCUCAAGAAGAAUGUGUAUGAGCAGCAGAGGUACUAUGGGGUGUCCAGUCGGGACCCAGUGGAGGAAGAUGACCGCAUGUAUGGAGGGAGUGGCCGGUCCCGGGUGGCAUCUGCAUAUAGUGGGGAGAAACUGUCCGGCCAUGACUUCAGCAGCCGGGGCAAGGGAUAUGAACGGGAACGGGAAGCCAUGGAGAGACUCCAAAAAGCGGGCCCCAAGCCCUCGUCCCUGAGCAUGGCCCAUGGCCGGUCCCGGCCCCCCAUGCGGAGCCAGGCCUCUGAAGAGGAGAGCCCCGUCAGCCCCUUGGGGCGGCCCCGCCCUGCCGGCGGCACCCUCCCUCCUGGGGACACCUGCCCACAGUUCUGCUCCAGCCACUCCAUGCCUGACGUCCAGGAGCACGUCAAGGAUGGGCCUCGGGCCCACACAUAUAAGCGUGAGGAGGGCUACAUCCUGGAUGACUCCCACUGCGUAGUUUCCGACAGCGAAGCGUAUCACCUGGGCCAGGAGGAGACAGACUGGUUUGAUAAGCCCCGGGAUGCCCGCUCUGACCGGUUCAGGCACCACGGGGGCCAUGCAGUCUCCUCCUCCUCCCAGAAGCGAGGCCCUGCCAGGCACAGCUACCACGACUACGAUGAGCCCCCCGAGGAGGGCCUGUGGCCACAUGAUGAGGGUGGCCCGAGCCGCCACACCUCAGCCAAGGAACACCGGCACCACAGUGACCACGGGCGGCACUCAGGCCGCCACACUGGUGAGGAGCCGGGCCGGCGUGCUGCCAAACCACACACUCGGGACCUGGGCCGCCAUGAGGCCCGGCCUCACCCUCAGCCCAGCCCUGCCCCGGCCAUGCAGAAGAAGGGUCAGCCUGGGUACCCCAGCUCCGCUGAAUAUUCACAGCCAUCCCGUGCUCCGUCAGCAUACCAUCAUGCCUCUGACAGCAAGAAGGGCUCCCGGCAGGCCCACUCGGGGCCCACUGCACCACAGCCAAAGCCAGAACCCCAGCUGCAGUCACAAGGUCGGCAGGCAGCUCCUGGGCCACAGCAAUCACAGCCGCCACCAUCAAGGCAGACACCCUCGGCAACAGCAUCACGCCAGCCACAGACGCAGCAGCAGCAGCAGCAGCAGCAGCAGCAGCAGCAGCAGCAGCUACAGCCCCCUCAGCAGGCCCCAGCGCAGGCUCGGCUGCAGCAACAGGGCCAGCAAGCUACCCGGGGCCCAGCCUCUGCUGCCAGCCAGCCAGCAGGGAAGGCUCAGCCAGGCCCCCCAACAGUCACAGGCUCCCAGCCAGCAGGACCGCCACGGGCAGAGCAGGCAAAUGGCUCUAAAGGGACAGCUAAAGCACCCCAACAGGGGAGGCCUCCUCAGGCCCAGCCACCACCAGGACCUGGACCUGCAGGCAUGAAGGCCGGAGCCAGGCCUGGAGGGACCCCAGGGGCUCCUGCCGGCCAGCCAGGCGCCGAUGGUGAGAGUGUGCUCUCCAAAAUCCUCCCUGGUGGGGCAGCAGAGCAGGCUGGCAAGCUGACAGAAGCUGUCUCUGCUUUUGGCAAAAAGUUCUCCUCAUUCUGGUGACCAUGCCCUGCAGGGCUCUUGAAGAGACGAAAGGAGAUGAUAUCAUUGCUGUGGAAAAAUCUCUGGAGUCAGAGGCCUGGGCACAGCUCUGGACUCUGCGUAUAACACAUCUGCAAUCUGGCAAACCCUUGGCCCAAAGACUCACACGAGGUGGGACGUGGCAGGCAGGCCUCCGUUGAGAACGGGAUGUUUUCUAACAGCAGCUGUCUGGGUGAAGCAUCUGCUGGACACGUUGAGACCACUGGCCCCGGGGGACCCGUGAUUGUCUUUCCAGAGACACUGCUCUCCUCAGGGCGCCACCUUCAAGGAAUAGCCUUCGCUGGGAGGGAGGAGCCCUCUCCGGACACCCUGCCACCUCGGCAGUCCUGCUGCUCUUCCCACAGCCGCCUUUCUGCGGCCCGGCCAGCCAGGCUUCCUAUGCGUUAUACACAGAGUUUGGGCACAGGCUGCCUCUUUUUGACGGACACUGCCCUCCCUCCACGAUGCCAGAAGUUUUUCCACAGCCUUGGAGAGGGGCUUUGACUGAGGGCUGGGGGCCCCGGGCUCCGUUUCCUUCACAUUCCAGCUGGCCCGGAUCCCUCUGUGGCCACAGGGCCCUGCUCCCCUCACCCUGCCCUCUGGGUGACAUCGGAGCAGACUUCCAUGUGGCCAGCAUGGGGUUGGGAGAACUUUACAAAUAUUAGGACCUAACACUGUCUCAUCGCUGAAAUAAGAGGCCAUAGCACCGAAAAGCAGCGUGGGCACUGGCUGAGGCUUCUCCCAGCCCAUGGGUGGCAGCAUGCUAGCACGCCUGCCACCAUCUCAAAGCCAUCCGCCCCCCCCCCCGCCCCCCCCCGAACUCCCCAGCCAUUGUGAGCAUCCCAGCGACACCGCCAUCAUCUUGAGCAGCCAGCUCCUUGUUCAUACACCUGGGGAUUUCUUUUGAUUUCAAGAACAGCCUUAAUCAUUUCAGUUUG